GGGGAAACCUGAGGGCGCAGCGGCGAGGUCUUCCCUGUUGCUGCUGUCAAAACCCUUUGACUUUCUGGGUCUCUCGACUCUCUCCUCGCUUGUAGCCCGAUGCAUCCGCGGCGCCCCGAGGGCUUCGACGGCCUGGGCUACCGGGGCGGCCGAGAGGAGCCGGGGGGCUUCGUGGCCAAGCCGGACCUCGGCCACUGGGUCAGCACCCCGCCUGACAUCCCCGGCAGCCGCAACCUCCACUGGGGGGAGAAGACCCCGCAGUUCGCUGCAGGGACCCCGCUGGGGGCGGCGGGCUUCAACGAGGACUCUUACGCGGGGAGCGUGGCCGCCGGCUCCGAACAGUUGAAUAGGUUUGCAGGCUUUGGGAUUGGCCUGGCAAGUUUGUUUACAGAAAAUGUGCUGGCUCAUCCUUGCAUUGUUCUGCGUCGACAGUGCCAGGUUAAUUACCAUGCCAGGAAUUAUCAUCUCACUCCAUUUACAAUUGUCAACAUUAUGUAUAGCAUCAAUAAGGCCCAGGGGCCCAGAGCUCUUUGGAAAGGAAUGGGGAGCACUUUCAUUGUUCAAGGCAUAACUCUUGGAGCAGAGGGCAUCAUCAGUGAAUUCACACCCUUGCCCAGAGAACUUUCAUAUAAGUGGAGUCCCAAGCAGAUAGGAGGACAUCUUAUGCUGAAAGGGCUGACUUGCUUGAUAUCAAUGCCUUUUUAUUCUGCAAGUCUGAUUGAAACAGUACAGAGCGAAAUCAUUCGGGAUAAUCCUGGGAUUUUGGAUUGUCUGAAAGAGGGCAUAGGCAGAGCAAUGGGCUUUGGGGUGCCCCAUAGCAAGCGGCUCCUCCCUCUCCUGGCCCUGGCCUUUCCAACUGUUCUACACGGAGUUCUUCAUUAUGUGAUCAGUUCCAUUGUUCAAAAGUUAGUCCUCCUCCUCCUCAAGAAAGAGAACUCCCCCAGCCUCCCAGCUGAGAACUCUAGUUCUGUGCAAAGCAUGCUGGAUGCUUAUUUCCCGGAACUUAUUGCCAGCUUUGCUGCCAGCCUUUGCGCUGAUGUGAUGCUCUACCCUCUGGAGACAGUUUUGCACCGUCUUCAUAUCCAAGGGACACGCACCAUCAUUGACAAUACGGACCUGGGAUAUGAAGUCCUCCCCAUCAAUACCCAGUACGAAGGAAUGAGAGACUGUAUCAAUACCAUAAAGCGCGAAGAAGGAAUAUUGGGGUUUUACAAAGGGUUUGGGGCUGUAGUUGUACAGUAUACCUUACACGUUGCUGUGCUGCAGUUCACUAAAAUUCUUUACUCAACGCUGCUCCAGAAUGUUUCUUAAAAGUUGAUGGGUGUGGCCACUCAAAAGUCCACGCAUUCAGGCAGUAGGUAAGCAAGUGAAAGCUGCGAGUUUAGAAACUACCAUAAUGGUUUUCUCCUUGCCAGCCACCUAGAAUGUUCCUGUGUAAAUAGAUGUGCGUUAUCCCAGGCCCUUUAUGAAAUACUUAAUCAGAGAGAGAGAGAAGUGAAGCAUGGAAGUCUAUACAGGCCAGGGCUUUUCAAUAUUGAAAUGUAAAUAAACUAUUGCAACAUCUUUUGUAAAUCUGUAUCUGCUGUGUAGAGUGUGAUUUUCCGAUUGCUGAUAAAUCCUGCACAAACUCAAUUUGAAAUGAAUGAUAGCUGUGAUCCUGUUCUUAAAGUCUUGUCACUUCUCAAAGGGACUUGCACUGAGGACUGUGUGCCUUUGCUUCUGUCCGUAGAAUUCUUUUGACUAUAUUUGAAUGCUCUCAAAAACCAAUGAACUUUGACAACUUUGCCGAAGGGUUUUGCCAUAUAACUGCUGUAACAGAGAUUAAAAUUGCUAUGGUUA